AUGGCAGGCACAUUGAAACCAGAUCCAGCAUUUCAAAGAUUCAACGCUGCAAAAGAAUCAUUUGGAACUUAUUUCCGUUUUACCCCAAAAUCAAUCGCAUUCAACUUGUUAAUGAUGGGAGCUGUUCCAGCAGGUUUAGCAUACUAUGCUUAUUCUAGUGAUGGACAAUCACCUUUGAGAAGAUUAUACAGAACUAGUCCAAUUUUAGGUGGUGAGGAAUACGUUCCAAGAGAUAAAGACUUAUAA